AUGGCAUUGUCCCUUCCAGCCAGUCUAUCCGCAGGGCGGUGUCAGUUUGGCAGGCAGGGAAUUGCCAUCAGCGCGAUCACACCCACGCAUCUCGUCUUGCCGGGUCAACAGCCAAGGCGAGCAUGUGCUGUGGGGCGUGCUCAAGCGCCGCGUCCAAGCGCGAGGGCAUUCCAUGCAAGCAGACCGAACGCGAGUAGAGGCAGAACGGGAUUGUACGAGUUUCAUGUCGAGAAUGCGGGCAAGAUGGUCCCAUUCGCGGGCUACGACAUGCCCUUGACGUAUGGCAGUGUGGGCCAAGGUGAGCCGAGGAGGGGAAGCUACGAUAGUCGUGCCGCGUCAAAAAUCUCACGCUGACUAUUCCUGCGCUACAAUCUGACUUCCUUUCCCUCCCUCCCAGUCGCAAGCCACAAGCACGUUCGCAGCGCCGCAGGACUGUUCGACGUUGGUCACAUGGUCCAGCAUCGGUAAGCUCAAUGUCGCUGUCAAGAGGAAGCGACGUCGCACGACUCACUCCCACAGACUCUGCCCUCCACCUGACAGCUUCUCCGGCGCAGGAUCCCUCGCCUUUCUCUCCUCCCUCGUUCCCACAUCCCUCGCCUCUCUGGACAACUUCAGCAGCACAUUGUCCGUCUUGUUGAACGACAAUGGAGGCAUCAUCGAUGAUACGGUCAUCACCAAGCACGCGGAGGAUGCCUGGUACGUCGUGACCAAUGCUGGGCGUAGACAGGAAGAUUUGUCCCUGUUCAAGCAAAAGCUGCAAGCAUGGACGGGCGGACAGGUCGAGCACGAGUUGCUGGAAGGCUGGGGUCUAGUAGCUCUGCAAGGUGCGUGAAGCGCGUCGACGCAGAAUGCGUCAUGCUGCUCACCCGGCCGUCCCCGCUGCGUGCCUACUAAGGACCGGAGAGCGUCAGCGUGCUUAGCCAGCACACCGAUGCGGACCUGAACAGCCUGACGUUUGGACGAAGCGUGCACGCCAAAGUCGCGGGUGCCGAGUGUCACAUUGCCCGGGGAGGGUAUACGGGGGAAGACGGUUUCGAGGUGAGGGUGUCAGGGUACGAUGAGAUGCUCGUUAGAUGCUGAAUAUUUGAGCCCACUCUUCAGAUCUCCAUCCCGCCUGAGCGCACCGUUUCGGUCACCCAAGCGCUUCUGAACACUGCACCGACGCAGCUGGCGGGCUUGGCCGCUCGAGACAGUCUUCGUUUGGAAGCUGGAAUGUGUCUGUACGGGCACGAUCUGGACGAGACUGUGAGCCCUAUAGAAGGCGCUCUUGCUUGGGUCGUGUGUGAGUAGCAGCAGCAGCGUCUUCUGAAGGGCAGACCUAUGAUGACAACACUGGGCUCACGGCGACUUGCGUUGCCCCUGCCUGCUCAGCCAAGGAUAGAAGACAGGCUGCAGACUUUCCAGGCGCUGAGCGCAUCUUGAAAGAGCUCAAAGAGGGACCACCAAGGCGUAGAGUUGGUCUCGUGAUUGAAGGCGCUCCAGCGAGGGGUGAGUGGGCUCGAACGCGGCUUGUACAAGGUGACGCUUCGCCUAACGUGACGGCCAUACUGCGCAGAGGGCGCGCCUAUCUUUGAUGGUGUCGGAGAUGUGCCGAUUGGUGAGUGAAGUGCAUCACGUUCCCCCCGAGCUCGGUAGUAAUUCUUUCCCUUUUCCGCCUCUCAGGCGUCGUCACGUCUGGCAUCCCCUCCCCCACGACGGGACAAAACAUCGCGAUGGCCUUGGUGCAGAAUGGCCAGCACAAAAAGGGCACAAAAUGUGAGUGCAGACGCAUCGUGCGCACCUUGUGUUGGCAUGCUGUCGUUCACGCAUACAUGUCUGGAUUGCGACCAACUCCCCUCCAACCAGUGCGCGUGGAAGUGAGAAAGAAGCUGAGAGAAGCUGAAGUCGUGAAGAUGCCUUGGGUCCCCAAUCGCUUCUUCAGAGGGGCUGCUUGA